AUGGAACAGAAACAUCAGGAUAUAAUCAAAGCAAACUACACGACUCUGGUGAAAAAAAUGAUGACCUCUUCCGUUGCUGGGCAUCUCUUUGCCUCCAACAUUAUAACCGACGAGAUGAGACAGCAGAUUGAAGCCGAAAAGACCAGUUAUGAUCGUAACAGAAAGCUAAUAAAUAUCAUUCUACGCAGAGGACCAAAAGGUUUUACAGAUCUUCGAAUGGCAAUUAUGAAAGCUAACCAAACAGACUCAUCCAAGCUUCUCUCAGCCGGUGAUAAUAACAUGUCCGAGUACGAAAAGAAGUUAGCCAUGGCCAGGUCGCUGGUUGUGAACAUGUCAGAAAAACGAAUUAUUAAGUCUGAGCCGAAAAGUAACCCUUCAGAACAACAAAACUCACAAGAAGAGCGGUGUAGAAUCAGUCUGGAUGACUUCAACGAUCUUUUCCUUACAGCCGUGCCAUUCAAGGGGGAUAUCAAUAUUCACAUCCGUCACUUUACAGAAUCUAACGGUCGUUAUUUUGCAACAAAGAAGGGGGUGACAUUCCCGUUGUGCCGAUGGCUGAAAUUUGAGUCUCUUCUACCAGAUAUCGCCAACUAUCUGCAAAACAAUGAAGCUGAUGUAGAGAUGAAAUGGCAUAUUGGAGGGGGUGUCUUCGUCUCUGUUAACCCUGGGUAUACCUCAGUAGACAUUAGGCACUUUUGGAAGCCAGACGAUGCCCUAGAACCGGUACCAACCAGAAAAGGUGUGUCUUUGAACAAAUACAAGUUGACUAAAUUACUACAAGCCGUUGAAGAAGUACGAGAAUAUGUUCCCGAAUUAAAUGAUACAGAACUGUGUGCGUUCAGCGAGUCCCAUCAAAAUCAGCUUGGAAUGUUAAGUUGUCCAGAGUGUACUCCUUUUGGAUAUAAUCCGACAGAAGAUGUGUCCAUGGAAUGUAAUGUCGGUGACUUACAAGACUCACAGACAAUCGAAAGUGAUUCUGAAUAA